GCAGCCAGUGGCUGCGGCGGGGGCUGCGGCGGGCGCGGGGCCGGGGCGGGGGGGGCCCACCGGCCGGGAGCCUGCGCCGACCUUGCGGCUGGCUGCCGGGCGCCCGCUGCCGCGCCAUGGGCACGGUGCCGUCGGCGCUGAAGCACUGCCUCAGCUACCAGCACCUCCUCAAGGAGCAGCUGUGGAUCGGGGAGCCGGCGGCUCCGCACGCCGGGCAGGAAUCUCAAGCAUCUGGACUGCCUGAGUACAUAAAGAUUGUAGAAGUUGGGCCAAGGGAUGGAUUACAAAAUGAAAAAGUGAUAGUGCCAACUGAUAUCAAAAUUGAGUUAAUCAACCGGCUUUCCAAAACAGGCCUGCCUGCAAUAGAAGUGACCAGUUUUGUUUCAUCCAAAUGGGUCCCUCAGAUGGCAGAUCACAAAGAAGUAAUGAGGGGUAUUGAGCGGCAUCCUGGAGUCCAGUAUCCUGUUCUCACGCCUAAUCUUCAAGGUUUUCAUUCUGCUAUUGCAGCAGGAGCUACAGAAGUCUCAGUAUUUGGUGCGGCAUCUGAAUCUUUUAGCAAAAUGAAUAUUAAUUGUUCAAUUGAAGAAAGCAUAGAAAAAUUUGAAGAAGUUGCUAAAUCUGCAAGGAAUAUGAAUAUUCCAGUGCGUGGGUAUGUGUCGUGUGCAUUGGGAUGCCCGUAUGAAGGAAACAUCAUACCAGCUAAAGUGGCAGAAGUAUCUAAGCGGCUGUACAGUAUGGGCUGUUAUGAGAUCUCUCUGGGGGACACAAUUGGUGUGGGGACUCCUGGAAGUAUGAAAACAAUGUUGGAAGCUGUUAUGAAAGAAAUUCCUCUGAGUGCGCUCGCUGUUCACUGUCAUGACACAUAUGGCCAGGCGUUAGCCAAUAUUCUCACAGCCAUACAGAUGGGAGUUGCUGUAGUAGAUUCAUCGGUUGCAGGACUGGGUGGUUGUCCCUAUGCAAAAGGUGCUACUGGAAAUGUAGCCACAGAGGACGUCAUAUACAUGCUUCAUGGUCUGGGAAUCAAUACAGGAGUCAAUCUUUAUGCCGUGAUGGAAGCUGGAAACUUCAUCUGUGCAGCUUUGAACAAGAAAACAAACUCAAAGGUUGCACAAGCUUCCUUCAAUAAUGGAACUAUCAAUUAAACCAGUUUUUUUUUGCAGCUUAAUUACAUUUGUCAUCUACCUUAACCAAGGAUAUUUAUACCAAGAAAACUAAUAUAAGAUUACUGUUUCAGCAAAGAAUCAAAAUAGAACCCCUAUAUAAUUUUUUUAUUAUGGGAAGAGUUACUGUACUGUACUGUCUUGUCAAGAAUUGUCUGAUUUGUAAGUAAGAAAUGAACGACUGUAGUACAGAACCCUGUGCUUGGUACUUCUGCAGAUAAGAAAAAUGUAUAAACACUGGCACAUGUUACCAUGUUUUAAACUGAAUUUGUUUCUUUUCAGGAAAACUGAGUAGAAGCAGUGAAUACAUAGUUAUUUUUUAAUCAAGAUGACUUUUAGGACAGUACAAAUAUUUGCAGUAGUUUAUGAGAUCCCACACUGUGUGUGGCCAUUCUAUUAUGUGUUUUAUUUAUCUGAAUCUUUACUUUUCAUUUGUCAAGUCAUUUGUGUUAUGAACAUGGAGCCAAAUCUGAAUUCACCAUAAGAAUUUUUUAGCAAUAGCACUUUUUUAUUUUUGUUUUGUUUAACAUCUGUUAAGUAUACGGAUGACUUUAUCUUGUUCCAAGACUUUGUGGUGAAUGGCAGUCUGCCAUAUCCUCCAAAUCUAUUGCAAAUUUCCUUAUUUGUUACAUAUGUUAAAUUUGUUGUAGUUGCUUUUUUUCGUCAACUGUAUUAAAACCUAAUUAUAUGAAGCAAUUAAAAAUUGGCAAGGAUUUCAACCAGCAUUUGGGGUAGUAGUAGUGUAGAAGGGAUUUUUGUCCAGAGUCUCAUAAAACAAUUUGGUUUUUUAUUCUAUAAUCUAUGAAUUCACAUUCUCACUUAUAAGUCAUGAAUUUUUGAGGAUAAUAAUAUUCUGAUGGACUAGUUUAUAUGAAGGGAAACACAGUUUUUCUUUGUGCUCUACUGAUAGUGAUACUGUACUUUUCAAUGUCUUAAUUCAGCAAGAUGCCAGUGAACUGCAUUGUCACUUUUAGAUCAAUAAUGGACAAAUUAAAAGAAGAGCCUUAUCCUAUCUAUAAACUGCUCAAAUGCGCCAUGAAAAUAUUGUCAUUUUUUCAGUCUGAAACACAGUACUGUUAUUGUUUGUGUAGGAUCCUUCUGUAAUUCUCUGUGUACUUAACCUUGACUUUUUCUGAAAACGGCCUGUUACCAUAAAAGUCCAAAACCUUGGACUAUGAUCUUUUUCUGUAUUCUCCAUUUUCCUCCAAAAUAUGCAAGGUUGGAAAAGGGUAAGAUGAAAGAAAGUGAAAGAUAACACAUAAAGAAGGAAAAGGCUGAAUCAUUUUUGUCUGGAACUCAGCUCUGCCAAGUUACAGCUGAGUCUCAGCUUGCCUUUGAAAUUCCACAGCAAACAUUUUCUGAGAUCUUUUAGCCAGUACUGUAGUUUAGAAUUGGCACAGUUUAAGAAAGUCAAACUUUGCAUGACAGGUAACUCAAAGCUAGAAACUUGAUACAAAACCCCUAUCCUCUUUAUGCUGUAAUGAUAGUCAAAACCAAUAAACCAAUAUAAACUACAUUGUUUCACUCUUCUCGUGGUAAGAGUCAAUGAAUAAGCAGAGAAAUGUGUUCAGGUGAGGCAGGAAAUAUCUUGCCUAUCAAUCCAAAAUACUAAAUUGCACCCCUUCUUGCGGUAUCUAGUGAGAGGACUUUCAAGUACUCUUAAAGACAUGAAGACCCUGAUUUGCUUGGCCUGCUCUGGAUGGAUAGUUGGAUCACCACAGAAAAUACUCUGUCUUCAUUUUCCUGUGUUUUAGCUGGGGCUUUCUUAUUUAGCAGCCGCUACAGCUCAUAUAUCAAAACACGAACUUUAGUAAAUAUGUGUCUUGAACCAUUCACAGAUCUAAAAAUUCUGUAAUGUAUUAGGUCCAGUGAAGAAGUGAGGAAUCUGCAGCGGUACUUAGGUUGUACUUAGUCUAAUAAUUAGUAGUUAAGCCUAAAUGAGGUGCCAGUUGACAUCCUGAAGACUUCCUAAUUCAGAUGCCAUUUACCCCUGAAGGCGACUAACCACACUAUAAUACUUUCCUGUUUAACAGUAACAUUUCUUCUUCAGUUUGCUUCUGUGCAGGCACAGAAUUAGCUCAUUUUGAGCUGAAGUGUGGAGUUCUCAUGUGGGGCCUGAUGAGUGUUCUUCAAUCCAAGAUCCUGUGAGUGUGUUUAACCAACAUAAGCAAGACUGAGCUGCUCACAGAAUGAAAGUGAAGUUAUCCCUUGAAAAAAAAGUAGUUGUGAUGCAGACCACCUUUUAAACACUAGCCUGGAUGUUGGGCUAAUCACUUGGUCUGAGAUUAGCUGGCUACUUAGCCUGAGUAGAUUCAAAUGCAUAUUUUUUGGAAUCCUAAUCAAUGGAUCUAACAGCCAGGCUAUAUACAGAACUGAAAAAAAACACACCUUCUAGUAAAUCUGGAUGAAGUUGUGCCGCUGGGUAGGAUGGAAUUCAAACUUCCUGAGACCAGAAAGAUCUCAGGAAAAAAAUGUCUCUGCAACGGAUAAGGGUUUUUUUUCCUUGAAGAUGGUGGUGAGGGCUUCAACUGUAGGCCAAGUUAUGAACUGAACUGAUACUGUCUACUUUUUUGCUUGGUGUACUAGCUACAACAUCUUAGAUAAAAGUGAGUGGUUUCACUCCUACCACAACUUUUGCAUUAAGUAAAAUACCUGUGUAGAACAUAAACUAUAGAAUAAAAGACUUAGCUCUGCUCAGUUUUUUGAGGGUUCUAGACAUCUAUGUUCCUAACUACUGUGAAGGAUUGCUAACAUUUGCACUAGGAGACCCUUACACUCUGGAGUUGUUUUCAGAUAUGCCUCUGUGCAUAGUGCAUCCGAGGCUUCUCCGCAUCUGGGCUGUCGUUUGCAAUUCUGAGGCUCCUAACAGUCCCUAUGUACUGAAACAGGGUACCUAUUAAAUCACGGGAAUGAACAACCUAAAAUGCCUCAGUUCUUUAUUGGGUCUGUUUUAGAAACUACUUGUGGAGAGCCUUAAAUGCAGAUCCGUUAUUCUGUAAUGAUGUGAGCACUGGAAAAGAUGAGCAGUCACAUCUGGAGCCCGUGCUUUACCCGCACUUUCAGCUUCAGCCACAUCGUGAGUUAUAGUAAUCCAGGGUGGAGGUCACAGACAAAUGGAUUGUUUGUCAGGAUCGUUACAAGGGAGGAAGAAACAUAGAGCCAGAUUAAAAAAAACCCAACAUUUAUGUGCCAAAAGUGCCACCUGGGAUGAAUUUAGGCCUGUGGGUCCAGGUGAGCAAUCCCCACAAAAUCCUUUACUUGUAGUGUGUCUGAGAAUCCUGAGACAUCUCCUGUUCUCGCCACUAAAAUUUGUUAGGCAUGUCAAGCUCUGGUGCUCUGCUUUCCUGGGCUGGUAUCGUUUUGACUGUGUGGAGCGUUUUAAUGCCUAAUCUUUGGCUUUACAAAAUUGGCAUCCAUUGCCCUUAAGAUCAAGAGCUAAUCCAGUGGCUGUGCCAUGAGCGUGCAUCACUCAUAGGCAGCCUUGAGUUCAGCACAUAAUAAAGCAGUUGAGACUACAUCCCUUCAAAAACACGGCAAGAACUGUAAGUGGUGUGAUGGUGCUACUGCUCUCCAGUGCUUCUGACCUUCGAAAUCUGUAUGCUUAUGUUCAGAGUGACCCACCAGUGGUGGUGCCUGCUCUUUUAGUCCCUAUCAGUGUGUCGUCCCCCCCCCGAGUACAUUGCUGUCACUUCAUUCUAAAGCAACCCUCUGGGUGCGGAAGGCUUGCAUCCAGGUGUUUGGCUUCCAUGAGCAGGUGUUGCUAUUACUAUGUCAUUAUAAAAAUUUUACUUAUAUAUUUGUUAAAAGGUGUCAAGAAAAAGCAAGAGAGUUCUGAAUAUCAUGAUCGCACUGUUGGAAGGUAGGGUAAUGCUGUCUCCCUGUCUCUUUUGGUGAUGGUCCUCUGUAAAUGCUGAAAAGGGGAUAGUGGAAACUCCAAAAGCAUGAGGGAGAGAAGAAGUAGUUACUGACUGCCCUAUCUAAGUCUUGUUGGAGACAAAUGAGAUGUACCAAGAUACUUAAUUCUGUGCUUUGGAGACUUUCUUCUGUAGCUCACUGUAUCAAAUUCACUGCAGAGAUCUCUCAGAACAACAUGGAGAUCGUCUUACUUCUGCCAGGGCUGUGGAGUACGUAAACUGGAGUUCCCAGGGCAGUCUUUGGUCUGUGUUCUGGUCUGAACUUGGGUAGGUUCAACAGCUGAUCAAUGUCAUGUUGCUGGAAUUUUCUUUAAUACUUUCAUAGUAGUUUUUCUUUUUCCCAUGUUGUUGGCAAUAGAAAGUCAAAUUCCAGCUUCUUUGGCUGCUCAAGAUACUAUAUUGUUCUAAAGGCAUGGCUGGUGUGCUUUUUUGGAGAAGUUGUUCAGUUCCAUUAGUUACGGGCAUAAUUGUUCUUCAGUGCCUUUUACGAGACAGCAAUGACAUGGAUCCCAUACAUGGAUAGUGCUAAUGUCUUCCAGCAGCAGCUUACUUGGUAGUUCAAACUUUUAUAUUUUAGGGCAACUGGGCUCUGGACCGGAACUUUAAUAUUUCAUUUUCAUGUAUAACCAGAGCUUAUGGAAAUAAGAAGUGAAUAUUCUGGUCUUGUGAAUAAGUCCAGAGAGGCUUUGGCUAAUUCUCCUUUCUUAAUAGCGUCAUUUUAGUUCAUAAAACUUUUAUUAUUGUAAUAAGGAGUCACAAAAUGAAGACUGCAAGUCUGUGAGGUAAAAUUCCUAUGUUUGGGAUCAGUGCUGUUGCAGUGAAAUAAUACUUUUCCAAAGAGUUGGUGUGAAUGUUUAAGAUCUGCCUAUUUUUUCACAGAGUUAUUUUUAAGGGGCAGAAAUAUUGUUUAGUUAUUAUGAUACCUGAAAAUGAGGAUUCUCUGACACUGAAUUUUUGUGUGAUUUCUCAGACUGCCUUAAGUUCUCUUUAUUGAUUGUGAAAUGCCUAGACAACUGACUAAACAGAAGAAUCAGUCUGGAGAACCGAAUGAAAGACACUUGCUUUCCAGUUCUUGACUUGCUGAUCAAUGCUUGUCUUCUGUUACGUUAUAUUUUUGAGGAUUAUUUUUCUCUGCAGUCCUGCUGUAACGCAGUGUUGAUCCUCAUUGCUGCAAUAACACAGCAGGCAGAAGGACUACAGCCAAAGUCAACGUCGUCCUUUGAAAGUGAUGUCGAAGAGAUGAUAUGUUUGUUAAGGAAUUGUCAUGCACCCUCUUGGCUAAAUGCGUUUGUGAUUUUGCAGUACGUGGUGUUAAAGCUGAAAUAAAAUCUCAGUGUUUAUUGAAACUGAUACGCUCGUGUAUUAUGCCAGAUUCAGCAGCUCUGAGUAACCAGCUCACACA